ACACCUCAGACGGACCGUGGCCCGGGAUCAGACAGCGUCUGCGGCGAGCCGAGACGCGCCCCCAGCCCAUCAUGGCCCGGCUCUUCCGGGCAUCCUGCCUUCUCUCCCUGCUCCUGGCCGGCUUCGUUCCGCCGAGCCAGGGACAGGAGAAGUCGAAGACGGACUGCCAUGCUGGUGUGGGCGGCACCAUCUAUGAGUACGGGGCCCUCACCAUCGAUGGGGAGGAAUACAUCCCCUUUAAGCAGUACGCUGGCAAAUACAUCCUCUUCGUCAACGUGGCCAGCUACUGAGGCCUGACGGGCCAGUACGUUGAACUGAAUGCACUGCAGGAAGAGCUUGAACCAUUUGGUCUGGUCAUUCUGGGCUUCCCCUGCAACCAAUUUGGAAAACAAGAACCAGGAGAGAACUCGGAGAUCCUAGCCUCCCUCAAGUAUGUUCGACCAGGUGGGGGCUUCAUCCCCAAUUUCCAAUUGUUUGAGAAAGGCGAUGUGAAUGGGGAGAAAGAGCAGAAGUUCUACACAUUCCUGAAGAACUCCUGUCCUCCUACUUCGGAGCUCCUAGGUUCACCUGGCCGCCUUUUCUGGGAACCCAUGAAGGUCCAUGACAUCCGGUGGAACUUUGAGAAAUUCCUGGUGGGGCCAGACGGCAUCCCCAUCAUGCGCUGGUACCACCGCACUACGGUCAACUCUGUCAAGAUGGACAUCCUGACCUACAUGCGGCGGCGGGCAGUCAUGGAAGUCAAGGGGAAGUAACUGAGGCCCAUCCCACCCCCCACCCCCCAUGUCCACCACACGGGCUAGGGAGGACUCUGUUCAGGAAGGAACCCAUUUCUCCAACUACGCCAUACUCUCAUGCCAGACCUUUUACUGUUACACAAGGCCCCAGCCUGAGAUGAACAUUUGUGUCUGUACUGUCUGCACAUGGGCGUUUGCACACAUGCCUACAGGCGUGUGUACACACGAGUACAGGGCCACAUGUGUCAACCUGCACAAGUGUAUAGGUGGCAACAGCUGUGUGCCGUGGAGAAUGCCAGAGAGGAACUUCCCUUUCCUUCCAGUUCUCUGUUCCAGUGAUAACCAUUCACUUUCAGCUGAGUCCAAACUGAAACGCCAGCUCUAGAUUCAAUUGUUCUGCUUUAACCAGGACCUCACCCUACCAGGCUGGCAUCUCUCACUGCCUCCAAACACCACCCAGAAGUGCCCAGAAGUUUCUGGGUCCUCCGCACUGCCUGACUCCCUCCUUCCUGAGGGCCCUCCCCCGCCCCCCCACCCCCUCAGCGUUUCCCUGAGAGUCGCCAAGGCAGCCGUGAGAGCAGGGGGCCACGCUCUCUGUGUCAGGGGGCGGCAUCGCCAUGAAGGAGGGGCCCGAAGCCCUUGUGGGCGGACCUCCCUUGAGCCUGUCUGAGGGGCCAGCCUUUAGUGCAUUCAGGCUGAGGCCCCCGGCCAGGGAUGCCACCCCACUCCCUCAGGGAGUGUGUCCUCUCCCCUCACCCUGACCUGCUGGCAUCAGACUCGCCCCUGUCUGCCUAGUAAAGACCUUUCUGCAGCAGCUGA